GCCUGCUGCAUCGCUCCACUGAUUAUUGCCUCAAACUCUGCUUACUUCAACCCGUAACCACUGCCGUCUGUCACUCAUCAUGGGGGGAUACCUGGGGACUGGAACCCAGGCGGACAAGGACAACCACGCAGACCAGUGCAAUCCCAACAACCCAAAGUACGCGGGUCAUAAGAAGGGAUACACUGGAACUGGCACCAAAUCUGAUCUGGACAACCAUGCCAACCAACUCAACCCCAACAACUCCAAAUACAAAGGUGGAAAAUGAAAAGACACUUUUAGCUUUGUGAGAGACUGUAGAAAGAA